AUGUCGCAAGCCCCUCUGCUCCGCUCGUCACCCACGGGUUCGUCAUAUGGAGCAUUACAAGAUUCGGACUCGGAGGACUCGAGGGACACCCCGCACAUUCAGAACACCCCCAAAGCUCGACUACAACGUGCAAGCUUCGAAAAUGGCGGAAGCUCCUCACAUGCACAGAGCCGCGGCUCCAGGCGGUCGUAUUCUUUCGGUAGGCGACGGAACAGCAUGUAUGCAGAAAGACACAAACGUCGUCCCUCGUCUGCCACCUCCGACGUGGGAAUGGGUGCGGACUCCAAAUAUUCCUUUGCUACGGGGUUGGCGGUACCAGGCAACCCGGUGAUGCAAGAGACCCCAGUGUCCUCGCCAUAUAUGACCAGUGAAGAUGAUGAGAUCCUCGACAUUGAUGAUGACGACCCCAAAGCUCUCGACGAGGAUCCUCCGGAUAAUUCACCGUACGCGCAGGUGCGAGCUUCGGUUCCCGCAACGGAUAAUGUCUCUCUCUCGAUCAACACGCCUCGAAUGUGGCUUCUAUCACUACUAUUCUCCUUGACAGGGUCUGCCGCUAAUCUCUUCUUUUCUUUGCGAUAUCCGAGUGUCGCCAUUACUCCAAUUAUCGCACUUGUCCUAGUGCACCCGCUAGGCAAGUUCUGGGAUGUGGCCUUCAAACGAACUGGCGAUCCCUCUGAAGUCUUCGAAAAUGGCUCCCUUCUUCACCGGGAAUCACAGUCUGACGAGAUUGAAACUACUCCACUCCCGUUGAUGUCUCGAGCCAGAUUGUGGUUUGGCCAAGGCCGUUGGAAUGAAAAGGAGCAUGCUUGCGUCUAUAUCAGCAGUAAUGUUUCAUUCGGGUUUGCCUUUGCUACUGAUGUCAUCGUGGAGCAGCACAAAUUUUACAAGCAGGACGUUCCGAUUAUAUACCAGCUUUUGCUCAUCAUAUCUACCCAAGUCCUGGGAUAUGCAUUUGCGGGACUUACUCGAAGAUUUCUCGUACGGCCAUCGGCUAUGAUCUGGCCCGGAACGCUGAUGUCUACAGCAAUGUUCUCCACGAUGCAUAAAUCUGUGAACAAAAAAGCCAACGGAUGGAGCAUCUCUCGAUACCGAUUCUUCGUCGUUGUCUGGGCGGGCGCUUUCCUUUGGUACUUUGUUCCGGGACUUCUGAUGCCUGCUCUAAGCUACUUCAACGUGAUCACAUGGCUGGCACCUAAGAACGUUGUAGUCUCAAAUCUGUUUGGUGUUGCUUCGGGCCUCGGGAUGUUCCCUGUGACCUUUGAUUGGGCGCAGAUUGCAUACAUCGGCUCCCCGUUGCUCACACCCUGGUGGGCUGCAGCCAACAUCGUGACGGGACUGGUGGUGGUCAUCUGGCUUGCCUCCCCGAUCCUCUAUUACAAAAAUGUUCUAUUCUCUGCCUACAUGCCUAUCCUUUCGACAGCAGUCUUUGAUAAUGCUGGGCGGCCAUACAACGUGAGCCGGAUCUUGACCACAGACUUCUUGUUCGAUCAAAAGGCCUAUGAGGACUACUCUCCGGUCUAUCUGCCUAUUACCUAUGUGUUGUCCUAUGGGGUUCAAUUUGCGGCUCUCACUUCGCUUGUGAGCCACACAAUUUGCUGGUACGGGAAAGACAUAUGGCACCAAACCAGAAAGGCAUUCGAAGAAAAACAGAAUGUUUCCAAUGGGGAGGCUUACCAACCCCUUCGGGGAGAGGGUACUGCAGGCAGACAGAGCUUUGACAUCUCGAGGCACAGUUCACACGACCCUGGUAGGGAAGUUCCAUUGGCGGGAGAAGACGUCCACUGCCGCUUGAUGCGGCGCUACAAAGACGCUCCCCUUACGUGGUAUCUUCUUGUCCUCGUGUCUAUGUUGGCGAUAGCCACAUUCACCGUGGAAUACUAUCCCACACAUCUCCCUUGGUAUGGGCUUCUCUUAGCUCUCGCAAUUACCAGCAUCUUCUUCAUCCCGGUUGGCAUCAUCAUGGCCGUCACCAACCAACAUAGUAGCCUAUAUCUGAUCUGUCAGCUUCUGUGUGGAAUUGCAUUUCCAGGCAGACCCGUGGCAAACAUGAUUUUUGUGACCUACUCAUAUAUCAGUUCAGCCCAGGGGAUCAAAUUCUCAUCCGACCUCAAGCUCGGUCAUUACAUGAAGAUUCCACCCCGAAUUCUGUUCGGGGUGCAGAUGAUGGCGACCUUGGUAUCCAGUCUGACGCAAAUUGGGGUGUUGAACUGGAUGUUCAGCUACAUCCCAGGGCUGUGUACCCCCGAGGCUAUCAACGGGUUCAACUGCCCCAUCGCCCGAGUACAUUUCAACGGCAGUAUACUGUGGGGAGUGGUUGGGCCUCAGCGCUUCUUUGGUCCCGGGGGUCUAUAUCGACCUCUGGUGUGGGCGUUCCUCCUCGGUGCUGUGGCCCCUCUCGGGGCGUGGCUCCUGGGAAGACACAGCAAGAAGAGCUUCUGGCGUCUAGUCAACUUCCCUAUUCUCUUUGGCAGCCUGAGUUGGAUUCCCCCUGCCACUGGGCUGAAUUUCUCCAUCUGGGCACUGGUUUGUUUUGUAUUCAACUACGUGAUUCGAAGGAGAAGGACCGCUUGGUGGGAGAAGUACGCCAUGACGCUUUCCGCGGCACUGGAUUCGGGAUUAGCCUUUGCUGUAGUGGUGGUCUUCUUUGCUUUCAUCUACCCAGGUUGGGUUGAUGGGUUCAAGUGGUGGGGGACGGAGAUCUACAAACAGGGAUGUGAUUGGGUUGCUUGUCCAUACAAACCUCUUGAGCCAGGUCAGACAUUUGGUCGAUAG